ACCUGUAGAGGAAGUGUUAUCUUUUUUCUACUUAGAAAAUCAACAAAAUGUAUAAUGUGUUCAGGGGCGUUCAUACUUCUGCAUAUGACUAAGUACUUGAAAAGUUGGAGUCUGUUACGCAGUAUGUAAAAGCUUGAGCAGAUGUGAAAGCAGCUAUAUUUUUAUGUGUCUUGGGUUGGUAUUCAGAAUAAUAGCUCACUGGACAGUCGCCUCUCCAUUUAAGAGCAAGUUCACAGAACAAGAACGACGCCCAAACAAAUGAGGACACGUAAAAUUCAGUAAUAGACAAAGAAUGAGUCUAAGAAAAGGCAACAAAAAAUGAAAACAAGUGUAAGAAUUAAGAGCAAGCCUAAGAAGGUUGUGAAAUUAAUACAGGCUUAAACGUUUUGUUGCCUUUUACAUAUAAGAAUCUUUCCUUGUAUGAAUUUCCAUACCGUAUUAUCUGUCAUGUGCUUUUCAUCUCUGUGCUCAGAUCAGUUAUACUUGCCACAUUCUUUUUUUUUCUUAUUAUUGUCUGCCAGGGCAUCAUUUAUUACAGUAGAGUAAUGAAUAAUGCAGUCUUAUCCAGCAUGCAGCACAGCGCUGCCAGGUUUGCUUCUUUAAUAGUCUAGAUUUACUCUGAAUUUUAAAUAAGUGUUGGUUUUUGUAGUCAGUUCUGACAAAAUGUGGUCAGCAUGAGUUCCGAUGAUAUUUAGAAAUGUAGACAGGUUUUUAAAUGAACAAAUAAAUUGAUUUAUUUGUAGCCUAGUUGGACCAGUAGAUAAUUGCACAUGACAAGCUGUAUGAAUUGAAAUAAUGUCAUUUUUGGUGGACAGUGUUUUUUGUGUUUUUAGUUUUAGAAAUCAUCUUAUUUAUUCAUAUUUAUGUGACAUAUUUAAAUUUUACUUCAAGUGCAGACUGUUGGACAUUUCCAGUCAGAAGUUUUGAUUGUGUAGUGUGUUUCAAAUGAGAAAUUGUCCUCAGAAAAACAGGGACUGCAUCAUACUACCAUUUGUCUUUAUUUGGUGUGCAACAUUUAGCAUUCGUUUUGACCAUGAUGGCCAGAGACACUAGCCACUGCUUGUUACCCUCAGAACAAACCAGAGAUUGAGGUCAAGCAUGAAGUAAAAAGUUAACAUUUGGCACCAUAUAAAAGACUUCCCAGCAUUUAAGUCAUCACAGAAUCCUCUGUCAUCCUCUACGGAAAAAAGAGAGAUGGUGUUUGAGAGUAGCCUUACUGACCCUGGCAUGCAGGCUUGAUGUGGCAGUGUCUCUCUGGACGGCUGGAACGCGGGCGGCCAGCCAACCCUGAGGAUCUGGAGGACAACUGUGCAUUCUCCAAGAGAUAGGAGGGGCUGAACUCCUGUUUGAUGGAGUGAAGGACCACCAUGUGACACUGCCUGGCCAAUCAGAUCCUUCAGCACUAACAACGGUGGGGUCAUCUCCAUGGUACUGGAGUCUCCACGACAACCUGCCCACAAAAGUGGACUGAAGGGGGGAAUGUGGCCAGAGAGACCUUACUGGGGCCAGGGGAUGACCUUGUAACUCCUGUCUGCAUGUCUGUCAUCAAUGGCGGCUGCUGUGUUGAAGCAAUGGCGCGUCAUCAUGUCUCCUCAAACACAUGAGGGCUUCCCAGCACCCCCCUCCCCUCGCUCGUGUUCUCCUGGUCUCUCAGCCACUGCAGAGCCCACCAGAGACUGGAGCUGUCCCCCUUCUUUUCGGAUACAUGAGCCUGACAGUCUGCCGGCUAGCGCUGGACGGGGACAUGAAGCAGCUGCUGGCGUGGAUUCGAGGGAACCUGCUGAAGGAGAGGCCUGAGCUUUUUGUGCAGGGAGACACCGUGAGACCUGGUAUUCUCGUAUUGAUCAACGAUGCAGACUGGGAGCUAAUGGGUGAGCUAGAGUACCAGCUUCAGGACAAGGACAACAUAGUGUUCAUCUCAACGCUUCAUGGAGGUUAACUGACUUGAAAGAACACUAUGCACAUAUCCACACCGCUUCACUGUCAAAAAAGCUGUACGCCACCCAUCCUCCAUCCAGCAGCAGCCCUCUCAACCAAUCCAGAGAGCCGGUCCUGACUUGUUUUGAUUUGUAAGCCACUGAGAUGGACUUUUGCUGGAGAGCGGGUUCAGACGCAAGCAGCUUGUCCAGUAGUCCCUGUAUUACCUGUCCUGCUUUAGAUGGAUGGGGUCAGACUGGGCGCAUUCAGAGGUCAUUCUGUCUAGCCAGUGUCCAGAUGGAUUCUCCAGAGACGUGGCCUGCCAAUCAUUCCCAUCUCGAACGUUCGAAUUAUCAUUUUUAUUAGUUCACGCGUGGACAUCCUAAUUUGUGCAGAUGUUUAUCAUUUCUGCCUUUUUCUCUUUUUGUUUUGAAUAAAUAAAUAUGAUUUUUUUAUGUG